CGCAUUGGAGAGGGGGCGGGUGGACUACGAAGAUGCCGAUGCGCCGGUGUCCGGAACCUGGGGCUGUCUCGCGCCGCGAGGGCGAUGAGUGUUAUUCUCGGCGCCCUAAGACUUACCUGGUGGCUAUCCUGCCUCGUCCUCCUCAUCGGACCGACCUGCACGCAACCCGAAGAUGAUCUUCGACAUUCACCCGAGGAUCCGGUCUACGAGGAGGAACCACCCUUCUCGUCGGAUGACGACGACGAGGAUUUUAUCGACGCUAAUACAACAGAAAAGGGACAAUAUUUGGGCUCCCCUUGCGACCUCGAAUGUAAUUCGGAACUUCAGCAUGUCAUUUGUGACCCUCUUACUGCUCAUUGCGAAUGCGAAAAAUUCUUCCCGGUUAAACUCGGACCCAGCAAAGGAUGUGCCAAACCCAAGAAACUCGGAGAGCAAUGUUUUUACCGGGCAACCUGUACCUUCGCGGAUCAGUACGCAACCUGUACCCAAGUUCAGCACAACGCGAUUUGCGAAUGCAAAACAGGAUAUCAUAGAGUGGCGUUGUCCAGACCUAGUAAAAAGGUCUUCUGCGCUGAAGAUCUCGUGCUGAUAGCCAGAGACGUCCCAACGCUACUGGGCGUCGCGUCAGGCCUAGCGAUAUUUGGGGCUCUAAUCUGUUUCGUGCUGAAACUAUUUAGCCGUGCAAGAUACUCGAGACCCAGACACUACGCGAACGCAAAUCACGCACCUCCGAUGCUAUUCUCAAGCGAUACGGGUAUCCCAUUGACUCUCCACGGAGGUCGGCCAUCCUCGCGGUCUAGCCAAAGAAGCGGAAGUGCCCUUGCCUCUGCGUUCUCCAGGCGACCUAGCAGUGGCGGAAGUCGUGGGCCUCUGGUACCCACUUCGCGAGCAGGUGCGGCCCGGGCCGCCGCCAUCUUGCUUAUAUCGUGCCACCUUCAAGCUACAACGAAAGGUGGUGGAAACGGUGGAAACAGGCAUCGACGGACCCUUAGCGACGUUGCUGAGGGAUCCUCGGACGGCCUCGGUUCACGUCGUCCUAGUUUAGCAUCGAUUCAUAGCUCAACUUCAUCAGCGCGUAGUUACAGUGCACGAAGACUUGAAAGAGAAAGAAAUGAAAAAGAGCAUCGAGUAGCUCUUCAGGAGUUGAGGCUACAACGUCAAAAGGAACAGCAACAAUCAGCCCCAACGCCUAGCCCGCGAACUCCGCAUUCUACGGACGAACUUCUUCCCGCGGUCGACGAGGUUGCCGAGCAAAUACCAACAACGUCCGGUACAUCAGGUACGACGACAACAAUAACCGCAUUCGCUAAUGAAAGUAUCGGUGAUACCGAUGUCGUUACCGCUGUUCCUGCUGCAGCUCCUCCAAAGACGAACAGCUACAACGGGCCUUGCACAUCAGCCGACAGUUUUCAAGUAUAGCUGGCGACUGAUUUAUAGCUGCGUAUAUAGUUACGGUUCGUGUACAUAACUGAUUGUUUAAAUAGAAGAAAAACUAUUAUUAUAACACAACACAUAACGUAUUACAAUAUCAAACACUGUAAUUCCGAGUGCGUAUACACUAUACAUAUACUACACCUGCAUUAUGUCAUUGUUAGAAUACUUACGUAUAUUACGUAUUUUACAUUGCAUAAAAAACAUUGUACAUUUCAAAAUUUUCACAUUGUUAGUCAUCUCGUGCUGAUAUCGUUUUUGGUAGAAAUUUCACUGCGAACGAUAACUUUAUAAUAUAGGUACACAUACAUGCAUCAGAAAACCAACUGAAUAUCCCGAAUUUAUACAACCACUUCGAAUUACAGUGCGACGACGAUUAUUACAUAUACUAUUAUAUGUUACGACACGGUGGGAAUAAGCAGGCUUAAAUCAAAUUUGAAUAUAACUAAACAAACUAAUACAUAAUGAAAACAAAGUUGUAUAAAUAAGGCAAACGGACGUAUGAUGUAAUUGGAGUUUAUAAACUCUAAAGCCAAAAAUUACUAGAUGGAAAUCAGAGAUAAAUUUUACCACGUGAGUUGAUAUGAUAUAUACAUAUACCAUGACGGAAUUAUAUUUAAAAGAUGAAAAUUAAAUCAUAUAAAUAUUAUACACAAUAAUGAUUAACCUCAGUACAAUUAUAUAAUAUACUACAUAAUGCGAAUGAACGUAUAUGUAUAAUAAUCUACUAACUGAAAAUACGUUAUAAUAAUAAUGUUCGUUAUUAUUGUUGUUAUUAUUAUUAUCGAUAUCCCGAUUAUAUCAUCAUAGGCUUUUACUGACCAAAUUGUAAUGUUAUAAUCAAUCCUGGACAGAGCAUAUGCGCGAUAUAAGUGCGACAAAUUAUAGUAAACCAACAUGUGGAAUAUAUACAUGCAAGGCAUUUAAUAACGACUACGAUUCUAGUUUGAAAAUAGGAAGAACCAUAAAAACCCCUCGUAUAAGGCGUUGUCGAAGACUCGUAUUUCUAACAAUAUUUUCAAGUGUGCAUAAUGUCAAGUCUCAAUAUGUUUAACAGUCGAACUUUCUGUAUUCUCGAGUUCAUACGAAUAUACCUAAUACGCUUUGCAAUUGCACAGUCUUUUACUUUUUCGGACAAUAGGUACAUGUCUUUAACUUUGUUUCCGUCAAGUAUGAGUUAAUUGAUAGAUAUGAAUCCAAAAAAUCAGCCACAAAUGAUUGAAAAUAAAUAGAUCGAGAAAUUAUUCGCUAUUUUGACACAUUUCUUGAUAAAAUUUUUGAUGCUGCAGAUUAAAAGUCGUACACUAAUUUACAUGUCAUGUAAUGAACGAUCGACAAUUACAAAAAAUCAUAUAAACUUGUGUGUGUAAAAUGCAUCGACAGAGUAACGCGAUUCCAGCGUGACGACAGAUGAAUAAUAAUAAUAAUAAUGAUAAUGAUAAUGAUAAUUAAAAUUAUUAUAAUAAUUUAAUUAUAUUAAUAACAAAAAAAAAUAAAUACGUCUUUUGAUAUAGGUACGCCCAUUUGUUAUAUGCUUGGAGAUCGUAUACAUAUAUUUACACAUAUGAUAUUAAAAGUUUAACCGCUGUGUGUUUGGUAACUCUUUGAAAUACAUACGGCAUGAAACUGA